AUGCAGAAGUGCCUGGACAUACAUCAAUACUGUACUGGUUUGGAAAGUUCAGAUCGUGGACCACCUGGUCCUCCUGGACCUCGUGGACCUCCAGGAAAACCUGGAUCGCCUGGUGCACCCGGACGGCCGGGUUUGAUGGGUAUUCCUGGGCUACCUGGGCCACAAGGACCUCCUGGGCCUCCUGGGAAGGAUGCAGAAUGCAGCGAUUGCCCUGUGAACGAGGAGUACCUCGUUCAGAAAUACGAUUGUCCGAAGGUGAUGAAAAAUACAAUUCCGUUCAUAACUUUUGCGAAAAAAACUUAAUU